UGCUGUUUUACCAUAUGAAAUACAGCAGACCACCUCUAUGUUUUCAACCUAUAAAUAUAUCACAAAGAUGUCAUAGACUAAUGAUAAUUCUGAUAAUAAGCGGUGAUAUAUCAUUAAAUCCUGGUCCAGUAAAGAAUCCAUGUGGCCUAUGCCAUAGACCAGUUGCUAAAAACCAUCGUGCAAUAUACUGUGAAUCAUGCUACUGCUGGUGGCAUAUCAAAUGUGCGAACAUCACCCCAACAGAUUAUAAGAUGUGGGGCAAUACUGACGAUCCAUGGGUAUGUCCAGAGUGCAACUCGUUUCACUUCAGCGACUCCUAUUUCAACAAUUCCUAUGAGAUCAAUAGUAAUGAGGAAAACUCUUUCUCCUCACUUUCAUCAUCACUUAUUUACCAAAAUGACACAUUAGCCAGUAAUGACUCACCAAGUGAAAAUGAUGUAUUUGACCAACUCAGAGAACUUAAAAAGAGACAUCCAAUGCAACUCACCUGUGCAUACUUAAAUAUAAAUAGCCUAAGACAUAAAUUUUGCUUAAUCGAAGACUUGCUAUCAUCUAGUCUAGUUGAAAUGUUAUUUAUUGCUGAAACUAAAAUAGACAGUUCUUUUCCAGAUGCUCAGUUUCGUGUAAAUGACUAUCAUUUUUGGAGAGCAGAUAGAAAUCAGAACGGGGGAGGACUUGUCGCAUAUGCUCGAUCAGAUCUGAUACCAAAAUUUAGCUGAAAUACCAGACGUAAGAACAACAAGGUAUGGCUUGAAAUCUUUCAGAUAUUCUGCUGCCAAACUAUGGAAUGAGUUGCCAAACCACUUUAGAACUGAAACAUCUUUUACCCAAUUCAAGAGUCUAAUAAACUCAUGGAAUGGCAACUCAUGCCAUUGCAAUGCAUGUGCAUAGUUUUAUAUUUUAUGUUAUAGCUUGAAAUAUAAUAGUGCUGCUUCUUGUGAAUGUUUGCUAAGCUUUUUAUAAUUUGUGAAUGCUGUGCUUUAGUUUUUAUGUUUGCUUUUAGUGCUUAUGCAUGUGUAUAAUAUAGUAUUUAAUAGUGCAGCCUAAAUGUGCAUGAAAUGUAUGUUCUAUGUCUUUUAUGUUUUAAUAUUUGUAUUGUGUAUUAUUGUUAUGUAAAUGUAUGCGUUUGUCGGUUAUAAAAGCUCAGAGAGCUUAUGUUUAUUUGUUAUAUGACAUGCCGACUAUAAAUAAAGCUUUGAAUUGAAUUGAAUU